AUGGAAAUAAAGUCAAGGAGAAAAGUGAUAGAUUUCCAUAAUCGAAAUUUAAUUGUGCCACCAGAGAGUCUCACAAAAAAUCCAAACUCAAUAAAUCCAAUGUAAGCUAAACUUACUCCCCCUCCGUGAGCGAACAAAAUAAUUUUGUUCGCUAAAUAGAGGGGAUUAAUUAAUUUGUUUUUCUAAAAUAUUUUUUUGGAAAUUAAAAUUGGAAAGCAAAUAUUUAAUUAAUUUGUAAAAUUUAUGUUUUAUAAUGCUAUUGUUUAAAAUUAAACAAUUAGCUAGAGAUUUCAUUAUACUAAUUAUCAUUUAUAUAUCAAAAUCUUUUUUAAUUAAAAAAAAUUUUUUUUAUCAUGGAGGUUGGAUUUUUGGGCAAAAAAUAGUUUUUUUUCCAAUGGUUUUGCUCGCUCAUGAAGGGGGAGUUAGUAUAAUAUUUCGCAAUCAAGUGGCUUAUCCCAGGCUUUCUACCCAAGACAACCAUUUGACAGAGCGUGCAAGUUAUAUCCCCAAUUCUCCUAUGAGCUCCCUAAUAGUCCCUGACUUCGAUACAGGCAUCAACUCUUAUAAUGGUUCAAAAUCAGUAGCUAAUUCUCGUGAAUCAUCUCCAACUGGGAAAAGAAAUCUCUCAUCUCGACUUGCAGAUAUAAAACAAUGCGCAAGAUCCAGCAGUGGCAAAAACAUCGGAUUAGAUGAAAUAAAAUCAAAAACCUUUGAUCCUUCUCGCAGAAAGAGAAUAAUCAUAAAAUCCCAAAGGACUCCUCAAAGUUCUUCCACCCAAGACAGAUCUUUUGGCUUCCAAAAUGAGAGCUCUAAAAGCUUAAGCCUAACUCCCCUCCCCACUUUAAAUUGGAAAAAAAAAUCCUGUUUCAAUUUAAAGGGAUUAAUUAUACAAUUUUCAAAGCUAAAAUUUUCUAAUAUUUUUUCUAAUUUUAAAGGGGGAGGGGAGUAAAUAAAACUCCUAACUCAAGCACAGAAAAUGAGACAGAAGAGCAAAAUUCCAAAGAAAAAAUUAAAACAAUUUUCAAUUCUCAUGCGUUUAAUAUUCAGCCACAUCUACAAAUGCAUGCGGAAGAUGAUGAUAAAGAAGAAAAAAAGCCUGAGAAAGAAGAUCGAAAGAUUAUUUUGAAAAAUAACGAAUUCACGUUUAAGCUAAUUACUGAAGAUCCCAUAAAAUCUGGAAUAAAUGGAGAACUAAGAAGGUGGAAAGCCGGGGAAACCUUAGGCCAUGGGAGCUUUGGAGAAGUCAUUAAAGCUUUUGACGUGGAAUCUGGGCAAAUUUUCGCAGUCAAAAGACUCUUUUUUAAUCGUGAAAAUCCAGCAAAGACACAGUUCAUUGAUACAUUAAAUCGAGAAAUAAAUGUCCUUAAGAAUCUUUCACACAAAAAUAUUGUGAAAUAUCUAGGGAGUGAAAUCAUUAAAGAUAAUUUCUGUAUUUAUUUAGAAUACCUCCCUGGAGGAAGCAUUGCAAAGCUGCUUUAUAAUCUUGGGCCACUUCCAGAAGUUACAGUAAGAGCAUAUACACGUCAAAUAUUGAAAGGUCUAAAAUAUUUACAUGCGAAUGGUGUAGUGCAUAGAGAUAUCAAAGGAGCAAAUAUUUUGUUAGAUAGCGAAGGUAGGGUAAAAUUGAGCGAUUUUGGGUGUUCGAGAAAGUAUGAAUCAACUGAAGCAGAAUCUGGGCUACUUAUGUCUAUGAGAGGAAGCUUGCCAUGGAUGGCUCCUGAAGUAGUGAAACAGUGCGGCCAUGGAAGAAUGGCUGAUAUUUGGAGCCUUGGGUGUGUUGUCUUAGAAAUGCUAACUGCAAAAGCACCUUGGCCUGAUAUGGAUAAUUAUUUUGCAACUAUGAUGAAAAUUGCAAGGACUGAUGAAAUUCCGGAAAUUCCUAACAAUAUUUCAGAGUAUGGACGUGAGUUCAUACUUAUUUGCUUACAAAGAGACCCAGAUAAUAGAAAAUCAGCAGAAGAAUUGCUAAAACACCCAUUUAUACUGAAUUAUUAA